CCUCCCACCGCCACAUGCCGAGCGCCGGUCACUGACGUUCCGCACCCUCGAAAUCUGCCGGCGGCCCGGCGGCCCAUGCGCGCGCAGCCCUGCUCACGCGAGCCCUCUGGCCCCGGCUGGACAUGCAUGCACGCGGCGGGGUGCUGGACAUGUGCGCCGAGGCCCAGCGCACCGGGCUGGACUACCGGGCCCGCAAGUCGGACACCUGCCAAAAUAGCACCACCUGCCUGGAGGACUGCGCGGUGUACACCUACCUGGAGGCGGUGUGCGACCGCGGCACGGACCAAUGCUUCCUGGAGAUGGCGGCCGUGCACACGCGCUGUCCCCCGGGCACCGGGGCCCGGGAUCUGAUGGACUCGGUGUCCUACGAUUGCCAGGCCACGGUGGUGGUGCCGGAUGAGUGGGACUCCGGCAGCGGCAGCGCCCUGCCCCCGGGGCCGCACCCCCGGCCGACCGAUCCCCAGCCGAACCGCCUCUGCCCCGAGGGGACCCCCACCACCGAGGAGGACCUGCUGCGGUUCUGCACCUCGGCCGAGGACGACUGCUCCAAAAUCUGCGCCUCCGUCAAGAGCGACUACCACUAUUGCACCGAGCCGACGCUGGCCCGGUGCCAGGAGCGCAUGCUCCACUACAUCGACCGGUGCCAGGAGGCCAGCCCCGACUCGUAUGCCACCAGCAUGAAGGACUUCUGCAAUGGGGCCGGCGGGCCUGGCGGCCUGGCCGCCGGCCGGCCGGCUCUCCUGCUGGGCCUCCUGGCCAGCGCCCUUGCGAUGGGGCUGCUGCUGGUCGGGUGAUGCCGGGCUGGCGCCGCCGCCGCCGCCCGGGCCCGGGUGACGGCGAGCGGGCGCAGGGGACAGGCGCAUGGCCACGUGCGCGCCGGUGCCCCUGGUCCCCGGUGUCCCGCGGGAGAAGGGGAGAGCGAGCGGGCGAGCGAACGAGUGAGAGAGAGAGAGGGAGAGAGAG